CCUUGAACAGUAACACCAUCACAUUGUUCUUUUUGUCCAUUCCGUACCUAAGCCCAGAACUACUUGACGCCGUAUCUUUCAACAUUUGAAAGUAUUUAGUGCAAAAUGCAGCUCAAAUUUGUACUUUCCCUGCUGGCCGUUGGUCUUCCAUUGAUCUCGGCGGCUCCUAUCGCUAGCGCAGACGACGAAGCCAUCCCGUUCUACCCAAAGCGCAGCGCAGACGAUGAAGCUAUUCCAUUCUAUCCUAAGCGCAGUGCAGAUGACGAGGCCAUUCCGUUCUACCCAAAGCGCAGCGCUGACGACGAAGCUAUUCCGUUCUACCCAAAGCGCAGUGCGGACGACGAAGCCAUUCCGUUCUAUCCUAAGCGCAGCGCAGACGAUGAAGCUAUUCCAUUCUACCCAAAGCGCAGUGCGGACGACGAGGCCAUUCCAUUCUACCCAAAGCGCAGUGCUGACGAUGAGGCCAUUCCGUUCUAUCCUAAGCGCAGCGCAGACGACGAAGCCAUUCCGUUCUACCCAAAGCGCAGCGCUGACGACGAGGCCAUUCCGUUCUACCCCUAAACGGAUGGAGAGACAGAUUGGCUCGAGCUGCAUUUCUUCAAGGAAUGCCUGUGCCGAUGUGACUGAUCGUGAAAUUGGUGCUCUUGCUUUCUCCGCUUCCUAGUCUUAUCUCUGCUUGACUUUAGCAUAUGGAGCUCUCAGCUUGUAUGCCCUUCCUAGAUGUGGGGUUCUCCAUGGGAAAGCAGAGAUAAUCGAGUUGAUCUUUUCAGAUUAUGACGAAGUAUGCACAUAGUUAGUCUACGAUGACAUACAAGAAUAGGAAAACUCUGUUAUAGUUACAAUUACGGAUCACGUACUAGCCAUGAACGUCUCAUUUUGUACUGAAAUAUGCGUAGUUUCAAUUUGUAUAACCCCGCACAUACGAAAGGCCACUGAAACUUGGAGCUGUUGACUGAAGAAGCUGACCAACAAUAUUGCUGGUAACUUUCUCGGUGGCACCAGCUCAUCGAGGG